AUGGUGGCGGCAGACGAAACAUCAAAUGGUGUCCCGGGGCAAAUAGACAGUCCUGGGACAUUUGGGAAGCUACGGCAAACGCUGUCGUCCUCACUUCUGACAGCACAAGAUAGAGUAACAAAAUUGGGGCCUCGAUCUGUGGUGACGGAGGCGAGCGUAGAACCUGCGCCGACCCCUCCGCCGGCGCAACCUCCGCCUUUAACGAAAACUGCGAAGACUGAACGUGAAGCGGGUAAAGCACCAUCCCGAGCUGGAGCCUGUCGAGUGUGCCUGAAAGCUCUAAAGCCGGGUGAGGUGUUUCACAUUUGUAAUGGGUGUCAGCACAGAGUCUGUGAGGAUUGCUCCUCAUACUCGAAGCCAGCCAGUGAAGAGGAGUCGAGUUCGUGGCGGUGUUCAGUGUGUCGGCGAAAAGCCGCACCGCGCUUACCACCAGCGGCGCAAGACAGUACGGAUUCCUUACUGGAUGUACCAGUACUAGAGGCGUUACAACGAAGACAUUCAGAAGCUCGCCUGGGUAGUGGGGGCAGCAGCACUGCCCUGGCUCCACCACGAUCGCCAGAAUUACGGCGACAUUCAGACGUAUCACCCGCUUCACUUAAAGAAUUGGAAAAGUUGAAGGGAGGCGGCAGCACGACGCCCAUGGUGGAGUCCCGGCGACCAAGCACAGUGACUCCAACACGUCGCCGGUCGGUUCGCGCACCCCGUCAGCACUCCUGUGAUGAAGACCAGCAACCUCCACACCAGCCAGCUUUGGCUGCUCCACCUCCGAUGUCACGAAGGGCGUCAGCAGUAGAUGUAGUUGGAGCAGGGUCACGUCGCGGUUCAUAUCGCACUGAUGUUGAGCCAAGCGACACGCCGCAGAUCUCGGGACUCAGUGUGGAAGAAGAAAGGCCGAUUAGACGACGGGGCAGUCAGUUACCCGACAUAGCCGCCUUACAGCAGCGUACAGGAGCUUUAAGUGCAAUGGCAGCAUUGGCGUCACGGACAUCUGAUUCUGCUGAGUCCUUGGUGUCGUCAUCUGCGGCUGCUGCUGCUGCUGCUGCUGCCGCGGCUGCUGCUGCGAGACAAAUGUCCGUCGACGCUGAAGCCAUCAAAAUAGUGAUACACGAUGUUGACGAUCAUACUCCACGGAGAGUGACAUUGCGGCGUGACCCCAACGAUAAAGGACAUAGAUCGCGUGGUUUUGGUAUGCGCGUGGUAGGAGGCAAGCCAGAUGUAAGUGGUCGGCGCGAAGCCGUCAUUGUAUGGACGGUGCCAGGUGGACCAGCUGAUCUGGCGGGACUACAGCAGGGAGAUAAGGUUUUAGAAUGGUGCGGGGUAUCCUUAACAGAGCGUAGUUUUGAGGAAGUAUGCGCUGUGUUAGAGCGAGGGGGGGACUCGGUAGAAUUGCUGGUGGAACCUGCUCAUCAGAUUGAGGAACCACCUACGCCAGCAGCCUUGCCACCACAUCAUCACGCGCUUUAUGAGCCCGAAACGGACAAAUCACCGUCGUCGCCGACCCGACGGAAAUUGCCGAAAACCCCGGAACAGGAGAGGGCCGAGCGGGCAAGAGAGCGGCCACCUGCGCGUGCUCAGCUCCAAGUCUGGUUCGAGUGUGACUUGCGCAAGCUGAUCAUACUCUUAAUCGCGGCUGAUGAUCUGCCUCCACGUGACCACACUUUAGGCUAUGGAGAUGAACCUGAAGCGUUCGCCAGGAUACGGCUUUUGCCAUCGCUGGAGAGUUGUCCACCAGUAGAGACAGACCCAGCAUCCGCAUCGUGCAGUCCCGUGUGGAACGCUACACUUGGAUUCGGUGGGCUCACAGCAGACUUACUGGCAGGACGAGCGCUUGAGCUCACUUUGUGGGACGCGUGUCCGGGAAUUGAUCCUGUACUUAUUGCCGAAUGUACCAUGGACCUAGAAAAAGCGUUUGCUGAAGAGCGUGCAGUUUGGUGGACCUUGGAGGAACGCGGGUCUCGUUCUGCCAAUGCAUCUCCAAGGUCUUCCCUUUCGGGAGCACGGGCUUUGCGUCGCGGGGAAUUCGCUUCACAACGAUCUGUGUCAGAUGACGUAGAUUCUAUAGGCGAAUGUGCGUCACUGCUGCACCCUGAUCACGCGUGGGUGGCGGGAUCUCGUCGUGGCUCCUCUCAAUCUGAAACUCUAGAGGUGGAAGUAUACCAACUGGGAAAAGACUUCUCUCGAUCCUUGCCUGGUUCCCGUCGAUCCUCCUUCCAACAACAAGAUAAAGAUGGUGUGAGUGAGGGUAGCUCGGUGUGCAUCCCUCGUCGCGAGCGGCGUCGGUCGUCGUGUGUGCGACGCGACCCCGACGACAUUAUGCGGUCCCUUCGCGCCGUCAAGGGUGAGCUCGGGCGCACGCUCUCGCUGUCUGGCUCCACUGCACGACGCACGGCCACGGGUCGCAAAGGCAGCAUGUGGGCGGCGGUGCCGGCGGCGGCAGCAUCGGCGGCCUGCGAGGUGCCCGAUGAAGAUGACGUGCCACUGGGCCCGGGGCAGAUGCCGCCGCGAAACGCCCACUUGCCGCCAUUGCAUGCCGAGAUCAACAUCAGCAUUAUCAUGAUCAAGGGACAACUGGAGCUUGAGGUAUCGCACGCCCGUCGCGUGUACGGUGUAAACGGUGAGGUGCCAGAUUCGUACGUCAAAUGUUACCUCCGAGAUGGAGACAAAUGGCUGCAUAAACGCAAGACACGAGUCAUUCGUCGAACAACUGAGCCACACUUUAAGCAAACACUCAAAUAUCAGGCAAAUGAAUCGCUUGGUCGUAUUCUGGUAGUAAUGUUGUGGCAACGUUGCGGAGGUUUCGAGCACAAUCUGGCUCUGGGGGGAGCCGAGAUAUGUCUCGACAAGUUGACUCUGCCCCAGCGCACGUACGGCUGGUACCCUCUGUUCCCGGCCACCUCGCUCGCGGCCGACGAGUCGCCUGACUGA